GGAACCCCGCCAUCUGGCAUGCCCGCUCCCUCCAAGCCUAACCGAAAGCUGGCCUGGCGCCAGAGAACAGGACAGCAGCAGCCUCUCACCAAGCAAGCGGCCUCAUCAGAGGUCGCACGUCACAAAAAACUCUCCCACGUGUCAAUCGUCCAACUCACCCCCGGAGUCCCAGCAUGGAGCAACAGAGACCGCAAGAAUUCAUAUUAGAGGCCUUUGCCGACCCAACAUCCGUCAGAGAUGUCGUUCGAGGCAUAUUACAUACGAUAUUCUUCCACCGAUUCUUCCCCUCUUUAGCGCCGGGGUCGCGCGAAGUCCUUGACAUCACUCUUCCUUUCGUCGACGAUGCCGAGCUCGACACCAUGAUUGAGAAGCGCGCUGCUGAGCUGGCGCGUGAACUCGACACCGAACGAACGCAUUCGCAUUCCACUAGUUCCAGCACGCCUCUUCAUCACCACCUAUCGCAACAGCGUGGUGGUGGCGGCGGUGGUGCGGCAGCUGCAGGCGGUCGCGGCAAUAUAUCCGUCCAAUUCUUCGAGAAGAAGCGCCGCAAGACCUGGUACAUGCGUGCGGCCUAUGGCGGCGGCGACGAGGAGGUCUGCUGGGAAUCGUGGACCGUCAAGGUCACCGUGGCCGAACCGAGGACGGAGAGUGAGCGAGCUAAGGUCCGCAAAGCUAUGGAGCAGACACUUCUUACGACCGCCAUGAAAAUCGUGACCUGUGUAAAUUCUUAUAAGGAUCACAUCCCGCCCAUUACGACGAGCGAGACGAACCCCUUCCCUUAUCAGAUCAAUGUCAACCAGAAAGACAGCGGUUGGGCUACGCGCAUGGGCAUUUACUAGCGGGGAUAAUAUUACUAUACCAAAAACACUCCAGGUGAUCUCUUAGCUUGCUUGUUUGUCAACGACUACUAUGACUACUACCAACAACCACCGCCACAAACAUACCUUCACAUUCGCUCGCCGAGGAUGUAUCCCUGCCAAUACGCUGUAAAUACAAGCCUUCUCGCUCGCCUAACAUGUUCCUCGGCGCUCGGACCUGGGUUUGUGGCGUUUAUGGCGUUUUAUGAAGAGGAACUGAUAGACAAGGACUUUCUUCACGGACUCGUUAUGUUAGAACUCUCAUGUGCCUGAAGGGCUCGAU